GACUAGGAUCUCCGGGGAAAGUUUGAAGCCUGGUAGCUGUCCCAGCUGCAGCCGGAGUGAAAGAUGGAGAGUUAUGAGUCUGAGUCGGCCAGCAAGGUGGCUCAUUGGCAGCAGACCUACAUGGAUUCUGGCAUCCACUCGGGCAUCAAUACCAAUGUCCCCUCGCUGAGCGGUAAGGGAAAUCUGGAGGAUGAUGAUGUCUGGAAGCAGGGACAAUAUACAGUCACAACCACCACCUACACAACGACCCAAUUGCCAGAGAUGGAAGAGCAGCUGGCUUCCACCCGAGGGCAGCGGGUUCGGGCUGCCAUGUUCCCAGAAACCUUGGAGAGUGGUACCCGCAUCGUGUCCACUCAGAUAGAUCCUGGCCAGGAGACCAACGUGCAGAAGCUGUCGGAAUCUUCACAGAUGCUGAAAGCAGCCAUCGUGCAGCUCAUCAAUUACCAGGAUGAUGCAGAGCUUGCUACACGUGCCAUCCCUGAGCUCACCAAACUACUCAACGAUGAAGAUCAGGUUAUAGUCAGCAAGGCAACCAUGAUUGUUAACCAGCUGGUGAAGAAGGAUGCCUCGUGCCGUGCCCUGGAACAGUCCCCACAAAUGGUCGCAGCAGUUGUCCGCACCAUGCAGAAUACCAGUGACAUGGAAACGGCUCGCCAUGCAGCCGGCAUCCUGCACAACUUUUCGCAUCACCGUGACGGCAUGCUUGCCAUCUUCAAAUCGGGUGGGAUUCCAGCGCUGGUCAGGAUGCUGAGCUCUCCCGUAGAGUCCAUUUUGUUUUACGCCAUCACAACCCUCCACAACCUGCUCCUGCAUCAGGAGGGGGCGAAGAUGGCUGUGCGCCUGGCUGACGGGCUACAGAAGAUGGUUCCUCUGUUGAAGAAGAGCAACGUGAAGUUCCUCGCCAUCACCACGGACUGCCUGCAACUGCUGGCCUAUGGGAACCAGGAAAGCAAGCUGAUUAUCCUGGCAAAUGGAGGCCCUGCAGCCCUUGUCCACAUCAUGAGGACCUACAACUACGAGAAGCUGCUCUGGACUACGAGCCGUGUCCUCAAGGUUCUGUCUGUCUGUCCCAGCAACAAGCCUGCAAUCGUGGAAGCUGGUGGAAUGCAGGCCCUGGGUUUUUCACUGAACAGCUCGAGCCCCAGGCUGGUCCAGAACUGUCUGUGGACACUGAGGAAUCUCUCCGAUGCAGCCACAAAGCAGGAAGGUUUGGAGCCUCUCCUCACUACCAUGGUCCAGCUCCUGGGCUCAGAUGACAUCAAUGUACUGACCUGUGCCACAGGCAUCCUCUCCAACCUCACCUGCAACAACUCCAGGAACAAGAUGGUGGUGUGUCAGGUCCGUGGCAUCGUUGCCUUGGUCCACACGAUGCUGAGAGCGGGAGAGAAGGAGGACAUCAUGGAGCCAACGGUCUGUGCUCUCCGUCACCUCACCAGCAGGCACCCUGAGGCAGAGGUUGCUCAGAAUGACGUGCGCAUCAACUAUGGCAUCCCCACUGUGGUCGGGCUUCUGAACCAGCUCCACUGGCCAUUGAUCAAGGCUACAGUUGGACUCGUGCGUAACCUGGCGUUGUGCCCAGCUAAUCACAGUACUCUCCGGGAGAGCAACGUCAUUCCCCGACUCGUCCAGCUCCUUGUCAAAGCUCACCAGGACACACAGCGGCAGGCACCUGGAGGAGGACAACAGUACAUGGAUGGGGUGCGAAUGGACGAGAUCGUGGAAGGAUGUACUGGAGCACUGCACAUUCUGGCCCGGGAUCAAACCAACAGGGCUCUCAUCACCCAGCUCAACACCAUCCCACUCUUUGUCCAGCUCCUCUACUCCCCAGUUGAAAAUAUUCAGCGUGUUGCAGCUGGUGUCCUGUGUGAACUUGCCCAAGAUCGGGAAGCAGCAGAGGAGAUGGACCAAGAGCAGGCCGCAGUACCCCUGACCGAGAUGUUGCACUCUUCGAAUGAGGGCAUUGCUACCUAUGCUGCUGCAGUGUUUUUCCGAUAUCGGAAGAUAAGCCUCAGGAUUACCGAAGCGACUGUCGGUUGAAUUGACCAGCACGCUGUUCAGGAAUGACCCAGAGGCUUGGGAUGCGGUGGACAGAUUGAUGGCUGCUGAUGGCUACCAACCGGAGACCAGCAUCCCAUACAACUCCUUUGGGAAUCCAGAGUGUGAUCUGGGCCCUGAUUACAAUCAGAUGGCAUAGAUGGAAAGUAGCAACCGUAUAAACAGGUCUGGUGCUGACUGAGGCAGCUGCAAGACUGCUUUUAACAGAGUGUGGCAGAGUUUCAGAGGGGGAAGUGCCUGACGUGUCACGGAGCGCCUGUGGGAAGCUUUAUCCGAAACCUUUCAGCGUGGGAUUAAUUGAGGAAAAUUUCAGUGUCCGAUUGAACAAACUGGAGCCUGGCUGAAGGUUUCACUUCUGUCUAACUAUCUCAAACACAACUUCACACCUUAAUUCCCCAGAGCUUUGAACGUUCGGAAUCACAUUUUACCAAAGGUUGACUUUAUUUUUUAAACCAGUUUCACUCUAGCUUUAGAUUAUUUAGGGAUACAUUUGCUUGUCUUUCAACUGGGUGUCUGGAUGCUGCCAUUGUUGGGGCGGAGGUUUAACUGUCCCAGGUCAGUCCCCGAGGGAUCUGCCAGGUGUGACCCAGAUCUCCAUUCUCCCUCUGAUUUGCAGCCGCCUCUCUGAUGGAACCUGGGGAUUGUCCCACAGGAGAGAUCCUCCUUGUUAUUGAGAUGUUCAGAGCUAGCGGGCUCUGAAAUUAGGGGUGUAGGUGGGGCAGAGUCUGUAGGGUCUCCCUCCCACUUCACUCCCUGCAGCCCCAUCCCUUUCUGGUGAAUUUGGGUAUCAUCAUGCGUGGUCACAAUUUGGCCUGUGCUUACCACAGUGUGGGGCGAGUUGGAGCCCAAGCCCAGGACAAAGGGCGAAGACCCAUUGGGUUUGAUCCGCAGGCUACAAUCCCAGGAGAUUAGUAACCCGAGAGGCGGCAGCGUGGCGGAGGUGUCUCUCCUGAUUUCUAUUAACGGUGGCUGGUGUUUUGUUUUUUUUUGCUGUAACCAUUUUAAAGAGCUUUCAGAUAAUCGCCGAUUCCUUUAAUUGUACAUUGUAUGGUGGUGCAGGACAUUUAUACAGGAGCAUGGUUUCAGUGAAGCACCUUUGAUAAUUCCUGUAAGUUUUUGUAAAAAGCAAAUUAAAAAUAUAUCUCAA